GGAUAUCAUUGUACUGGCUCCAUUUUAAAAAAAAACUUGCGCCACUUGACACAGACGCCACGCCAUGGCUGCCAUCAUGGAGGUUGAGCCCGUGGGCACGAGCUCGACCGAUCCCUCAAUCGAGCACGAGUUGAAGGAUGCCACCGUCUCAGCUGUCACCGUUUUCAAUGAUCGUGCCGAGGUCACGCGCGAGCUGGGCCUGGAUGACCUUGAGGAAGGCUUGCAAAAAAUCACUCUCAAGGGGCUGAGCAAGCGCCUCAUGAAUCCAGAUUCCAUCCGUGUCAAGGCCUUUGGCCCCUGCACCCUGCUCGAUGUCCUCGUGGCCCGCAUCACCCCCGACGUGGAUGAGGAUGCCAUGAAGACGCUCAACAAUGAGCUACAGGACAUCCAGGAGCGCAUGCGCGCCCUUGAAGAUGAGAACAAAUUGCAAGAGGCGGCGCUGGAGGCCCUGCAGGCGUACACCAAUUACGCAGUCCAGCCAAUUGGUGCCCACUCGGGUUUCGAGGCGCCCAAGCCCGCCGAGGCCAACGGCAUCAUCGCCACCUUCCUCGAACGCAGCAUGGAGGCCCAAGCCCGCCAGCGGGCCAUCAAUCGCCAACUCAGCACCGAACGCGAGGCACAGCAGGCCGUCCUUAAGAAGCAACGCGAGCUGCGCUCCCAGGCUCGCCCCCGCUCAGACCUGGUCAUCUCCCUCGACGUGGCCAAGGCCAGCUCAGUCCGCCUCGAGAUUACCUAUCUGGUGGCUGGUGCCAGCUGGACCCCAGCCUACGACCUGCGUAUGAAUCUCCAAGACUUGUCUAUGGAGGUAUGUCUUUUCCAAACCCCGCCCGGAGCUCCCCAUUACAAGAAAAAAGGUGGUUAUGGGUUUGGGUUCCCCAGUUUCUGUCUGUUGCUCACCCUCUCUCCACUAUUGCUCCCAACGAACGUGCAGCUCCGCUACUACGGUCAGGUGCAACAGGACACGGGCGAGGACUGGAAGGACGUGGCCUUGACCUUGUCCACCGCCCGCCCCGCCGUGGGCGGCCAACCUCCCAAUCUGAACCCCAUGCUUGUUGAGUUUGAGGUUGCUCGCCCGCUUCGAGUACGCAAGGCCAAGAUGGCAGCACGGUCCCGCGGCGCUGUCAACAGCUUUGGCGGUGCGCCCUCGGCAGCGUCCAUGGCCAUGCCCAUGAUGGCUAUGGAGCGAGCUGCCAUGCACGACGAGAUGGAGGAGGAUGACGAUGCCGAUGCAUGCCUGGAGGAGGCCCCCGUGGCCAGCGCCAGCACGUCCUCAACAGGUCUGAGCACCAACUUUAAGAUUGAGCAGCCCUGCACGGUCGAGUCGGACAACAACCGCCACAAGGUGACGCUGACCAUCCUCAACCUGGGCGUGCGCACCCGCUACCUCUGCGUACCUGCCAAGUCGACCGACGUUUACAUGCAGGCACAGGUCACCAACACCUCGGACACAAUGCUCCUGCCCAGCAGCGACUGCAACGUCUUCUGCGAUGGCAGCCUCAUCACCACCACGCGCCUCAAGCUGGUCAUGCCGGGUGAGACCUUCACGACCUACCUUGGCACAGACGCAGGCAUCAAGCUGGACUACCGCCCUCCCAACGAGAGUCGCAGCCAGCAAUCCUCCUUUUUCCAAGGCAAGACUAACACGGCUCAGUAUGUCCACCGCUGCCUCAUCACCAACACCCUGGGCAAGGCCGCCACCGUUGUGGUGCUGCAAGCGCUGCCCAAGCCCUCCGACAGCGCCAUUCGAGUCAAGGUCACCGAGCCGGACAUGGCCGCCCUGCACGGUACCGACAAGGGCCAAGUUGCCAAGCGUGCCCCUGCCGACGACGAGUUUGGCGGUGGCUUUGAGGACGUGGCACGCGGGGACGAUGUCGAGCUCAACUCUCUCACCAACAACCUAAUCUGGACCCGCCGCCUCGAGCCCAAGGCGCAGGGAGAGGUUCGUUUGGAGUACGCCGUUGAGUAUCCCGUCGAUCGCCCCAUUCACUUCCGAGAGGUCUAAGUCGUGUUGCCGUAUGCGUUGAGGGUGUUGUGUGUUGAGGGUGUUGUGCAGCCUCUACCCACUCGUGCGUUGUUUGAGCGCGUUUGUUCCAAUCUUCAAAACGGCGGUCCGUCAUGGCCAAUCUCAAUUGAAUGAAAAUGUCC